GCUGCAGAAAGUCAGCUUCAUUUUCACAGCAGAAUUUUUCCUAGGACUAGGAAUUACAGAAUUACAACUGCAUGCAGUUCAUCAGCUCGAAAAGGAUAUAGGUCCUUGUUCUCAUAACUGUGUUUCUGUGUAGCCACAAGUCUUAACUACGUAAGUAUCUAUUUUUUAUUUUUUUUUUUUCAUUCCUCCUGUGCUGAGCCCACACAGGCACUGGGUGGGGUGCCAAUCUCCUCACAGGGAUCUGCAGAAGUGAACAGGCCUUCUGGACACCAAUGAUACACCAAUUUUGCUUCCUAAAAUCUCUUUCUGUGCCCCUUUUCAUACAAGAGUACUCUGUUUUCUUCUGACUGGGUAUUCUCACAUGAAUUUAGUAAUGAGACUGGUGUAAAAGGUGCUUUCCUUCUUAAAUCUCAGUAGGGGAUACUUUGCACCUCCUUUACUCCAUGUCCUGCAUACUUCUAAUCAAAGUCACACGUUUGAAAACGUUUUUAAAAAGAAAAUUGGAAAUGUGCCUGUAUUUCCUAUUUUGAGUAUUUGGAAGUCUUGUGUUUUGACAAUCUACUAAGACACUAUAGCUUGCCUAGCUAGAACUAUGAUAAUCCUGUUUUUUGUUUAAUCCUAGAAAACAGUGACUGAUACCUAUCAACAUAGCAUUUCACAUUGAUCUAAGCUGUCUGACAUUUCUGAGGCAUGAACAAAAAUAACUGCUUUAAAAUCUGUUUGGUUAACAUGUUCCUAAAUUAUUUUAAUAAAAUAGGUUUGAUAACUUUCCUGUAGAACUGUUAACUAUUAUUGUACUUCAAGUGACUGGCUCCUUUUAAUGGUCUGAGCCUCUUUUGAUAUCUCUAGCCUAAAACCUUAAAACUGUUUUAUACUGUGCAAAUUUUCCUUCCUUGGGGUAAAUAUUGCAUAAGUUUACUCCUAGUUUGAAAAAGAUUUAUUUUAAAGGUAAAUAUCUUUAAGUAAGCUUGAAUGUAAUCAAGUAAUUAAGUAAAAAAUUACUUAAACAUGUAAUCUUGAAUGUCUGUGCUACAUAAUAGCUGGCAGAUUUGCUUCAAAGUUGCCUUAAGUUGGUGAAGAACUGAUGAAGAAUAACAUGAGCUGGGCCCUGUGCUUGUCUUGCACCUGGCUCAGGCAAGGCUUGAAGGCUGAAAGAUAUUUGGAGUGAAGCGAGUCCUCUCAGCUGAUGUUGUUUCAAUGAGGCACAGGACAACAUCUGUAUUUUUGCACCAGCCACUGGCCUGACUCCCCCUUCACUGUGAGAAACAAGCCUUGUUAUAAAUCUGGUUUGUUAAGGAGAUAACGAAAACACUCUGUUGAAGGUCAGAGAGCCUCUACUGCUGCCUCAGAGGGUGGAGGAGGACCCAAGUGUUUAUUUUACCUUUUGUAUCAACUAUAAAUUCUGACCAAAACCAACUGAGGCUCUCAUUUACAUAUUAGUUUUCACCCCCCUAAGAAUGCAAAUGAAUUAAAAAAGAAAACAUGCCUUACACGUAUGACCACGGUCACCAACAGCCCACCCUAUAACAGGCGACCGUUCCACCCCUUUGGGAAGGGCAAAAAUUAUAGUAUAAAAGAAGAGGGGUGUUGGUGACAAAAAGGGAGAGGGGGAAACAUCUCUGCUCACUUGGGAUCGAUCCACGGGUUCUGUCUCUUCUCCUCUUUUCCUGAAGGGCCACCUUUGGGAAGGAAGUUGUAUCCAGAAAAAAAGUUCCUGUAGAAGUGCAUUUCUGAGAUUAAGGAGUCCUCCCUCUUACAGAAUUCAGGUGAGACAAAAGGCACCAAGAUAUGAUUAUCCACACAUGAAGAGCUCGGGACCCAAAUAGCCACAGUGUUGGAGUUCAACACAUUGGAGAACAGGAACUCAGAUGCUGCACAGUGCAAUCCUGCCUUAAGAAGACAGAGUUGGUGUUGCACAAAGGAGAGAUUGGUAGAAUUGACAGAGUUCUCUGGGACUGCAAAAGUAUGUAUGAUUGAUCUGCAGGGUGGAAUUUAUUCUCUGGAAUCCCUUACAAAGACAUCAGCCUGCGGUUUAGCCUGAAACUUUAAAAUUAUUCCUGUUUUGAAGAGUGGACUUGCCAUUAGUUCCAGUCAUCUGCAAAAGCUUUCUGCUUGCGACACAGCGAGGGCAAGCAGCUCCCGUUCCGAAGCUGUCUCUAGCCUGCCACCACCGUCAGCAUGGCCACGAGGGCAGAGUGGAGCUGCCCCAUCUGCCGCGAAGCCUCGGGCAACAUCGCCUUCGUGGGCUCCUGCCUGCACCAGUUCUGCCGGGACUGCAUCGUGCGCUGGGCCAGGAAGAACCCGUCGUGCCCCCUGUGCAGGCAGGCUGUUCACACCAUCAUCUACCCGGCGCCGCCCGACCAGGGCUUCGUGGAGAUGGCUGUGCCGCAGCCCUCGGUGCCCUGGAGCGUCGGCCCGCGGGAGGAGCCGGGCACCGCGGGGCCACAGCCCGGGGGCCUCGUGGCGGGGUUCCCUCCCGAGACCUGGGCGCUUUUGUUCCGCAACUACGCCGAGAUCCUGCGGCCUCUGGAGCUGUGGCUGAACGAGGUGCUGUGCGGGGCCUGCUGGUGGCACGUGGCCUUCGCGCAGGGUAGGAUCGUGGCCAGCCUGUGUCGCUACGGGCUGCACGAGGAGGCCUUGGCGCGGGAGCUGCAGCCCUUCCUGCAGGAGCAGACGCCCACCUUCGUGAGGCAGCUCAUCCAGGUGGCUUGUGAUCAGUGCAGCGAGCUGGCGUGGCGCCACAUGGGCACGGCCCCCCAGCAGGCCAGCCCCGUCCCUGUCGCCUUGCCUGGCACCAGCGGGGCGCAGGAGGAGCGCCGUGAGGGGCAGGGGCAGGCCGAGGCCGAGCCCUCGGGCGCCGGGCAGAUCGGCGGGUGCCGCCCCGGGGCCUCCUGCCAGUCCGGGAGGCGUAGAGGCGGCGGCCGCCCGAAGGGCACCGGAGCAGCCAACAAGAAGUCGUGCCGUCGGCAGAACUAGGGUGCUGUGGCAGCACCAGGAGAAACGGGGCCGGGACAGCAAUGGGGAUCGACUUCAAAGUAGAGAAAUUUUGUAAAAAAGUCAAAGCAAAACAAAAUAGCCAAAAAAACCCCAGAACAACUUAGAAAACCGCGUAGAAGCCUUAGUCUGUUACUAAAAGCCUUGCAUGUGGCAUUGCCAGUGCUGUCACCCAGAUGCCUUCUCCUGGUGUUGUGCACACCUUGCCCCUUGUAUAUGUGUCCUGCAACUUCCACUUUGCCUGACAAAGCUUGAAGCCCAAAUCCAUCUGUCAGAAUGUACUUCUCACGGUUUCUUCAAGAGAUUGUAUUAUUGCUGUCUCAAGUCUUAUUCCAGUAUGUGUGUCUGUUAGCAAAUCAAUGAAUUCUAGACAAACAGAAUUCUCUGUUUUACUGCUGUUUGACUUUAACUUCAGCUGUGUUUGGUGAUUUUUUUUGAGGUAGUGAUCAAGACAUUUAAAUGUAUUUUAAAAUUUAGACUUAUCUCCUUUCAUGUAUUUUAUGUGAAUUCUUCAUGUAGGCAUCCUGUGAGUGUGAAGACGUAGCUCUUUCUAUCAAGAGAUGAAUGUACUGAUAAUAAUUCAGCAAGAGAUGUUUAAUGUUUUUUCUUACUUAAAGUAGAAGUCUCUGUGACAAAUGUUUGAAACUGAGAUUUUAUUCAAUAAAAUAGCAAUAAUUC